AUGCAUUUCCUUGAUCAACGCAUAUGCAACGACUUGGUUGCCUCAGGCUUUACUCGCACUUUUCCCAAGCCAUCACUUCUCAAGAUCAUCUCUCCCCUUGCUGGGAAACUAACUGAUAAUACUAUUGCAGAGUAUCGAGAUUUCGUUGUGGAUGGUUUUCAACCAGCCAUUCAUGCGUCAAAAAUGAUGAUUUCAACAACUGAGGAUGGCCAGGAGGUUGGCAUGUCGGAGAUAUUGGGCAAGCUCAACUACGAUAUUGAGUAUCUUGGUAAAAAAAUUAAUGAGCAGGUAUUGCGACAUUACGAUAGUCUGCUCAACCAAGUCAGUGAGUUGAAUAGUGUCGAGUCUACCAUGAAUACUGUCAAGCAAAGGUUCAAUACUAUGCAAAGUUCCUUCAAUCGCAUCAAGACUCGCUUGGUUGAUCAGCACUCUCAAAUCAAACAGUGCAGCACACAGAUUGACCAUGCGCAGGCAUUGAAUGAGGUGUUGCGUCAGGUUGACCAUUUCCUUCGUUUGAUGACUCGACUGGAUACUGAAAUAGCUGCAGGUCCCGCUGAAUAUGCCAAAACCGCAAUACAUAUCUAUGAACUUGAAUGCAUUUUAGCGGAAUCUGAUUUAUCUGGAAUUGAAGUAGUAGAAAUGGAUUUGAAAAAAAUGUCGGAAUUCAAGACUACGAUCGAUACAUAUGCCAACACUUUACUGCAUGAUGGCUUGACUGAGCAGAAUCAAGCCAAGGUUGCUGAAGGUUUGCAAAUAUUUUCCAACAUGCAUACUAUGCCUGCUAAAGUAGCCGAUCUCAUAAACAGGAUAACCACGACUAUUGUGCAAGAAAUACACAAGACUUUUGACGUGAUUUCAUUGAAUGCUGAGAUGAAGGAGAUACAACAGCGGUCGUCUACAACUGGCGGCGUGCGUCGUGUAAACGAACCUCCAGUUGCAUCAUCGUCCUCAAACGUUGCUACCUGGGCCAAUAUUUUGUGGACACGAACUGAAAAACUCACAGACGUUAUCUACACACUCUCUGUUCAGCUUUACCUUCUUGAUAACCUGUUGAAGCGCAAGUGGGAUCCUGUCACAAGAAUUUCUUUUCAAGAAGAGGUCGUCCAGCUUAUUGGAGGAGAUAUACCUUUUGUGUUUUGGACAAAUAUUGCACAGCUUUUAGACAAAGAAAUUAAAAUUGUCACAAAGGGAUCACAGUUUUUGCUACAGGUUUUGCAGGCAGGAUACCCAAGAUUUCUGCGUGUAUUUCAUGAUGUAUUCACAAGAAUUUCGCUUGUAAGCGGAAACACCUUUAACGGAGUUGACAAAAGUUUUGAAAGCCAGACUGUUUUGCGCAUUCUGUCUUCAUUUGAGUCUGCAUAUGUGUCUAGAUCGCUUACUCGAUUGCUUGAUGUGGUCAAUUCGGUAUUUCCUGACAAACCUGUUCCAGGACAACGUGUCAGUGCUAGUCGAGAUGAUGUUGAUAAAAUUAUGCGCACAGUAUCUAGUGAAUUGGAUGUUGUCAAGUUUGAUGGCAAUUUGUUACGAAUGGCAUCCAAAAAUAUUCUUAAAGCAUUACACAUGUAUACAGUCAAAUGCGAGAAUCUGUCUCCAACAGAUACAUCUGCAUAUCAGAUUGGCAUUUCUAUCUCCAGCUCGCAACAGCUUAAUGUGGAUAUUUUAAACUGUCUUUCGCAUGCCAGCGACAGUAUUUGGCGCUUACUCGAUGAUUACGAAGAUACCACUGCCGCUGUAUCUCUCACUGAUGCUGUGACUACCACCACAAAGUUGAUACAAGGCAUAAUUGAGCCAUUAUUAAUGAGUUUUGCUUGCGAACUUGAGGCAGUCAUUGCAAAAAUGCACAAGGAAGAUUAUUCGUCAACACAGCCAGCUCGUGUUGUAGCUCCACGCCAGUCUGAUACCACUAGCGCAUACAUCCCCGAACUUGUUACCCAUUUAAAAUGGAUUGCUCGUGAGAUUUUAGGAAGGCUCCAAUGUGGAGAUGAUACUCGUGAGUGGGCCAACUCUCUGUCCACUCGUACCGUCGAGCUUCUUAUGCGACAUGUGAGUUUGGUCAGGCCACUGAAUGAGCUAGGAAAGCUUCGUAUCGCUGCAGACUUGACACAGAUCGAGUACGUUUUGAACCAGUUUCUUGGCACCUAUGAUAUAAAAUUAGAUGUUGAUCUUGUUGAAACGCAUCGAUCUAUGCGCGCUUUCAGACAUUUGCUUUUUAUGGAUCAAAAUGAGCUUGCCAAUGCGCAUCAACUCACUCAUUUAUCCCCGAUAAUAGUUCUUCAUCAUAUCAUUGUUCGAUCAAAUGGAGCCAUCCCGCUUCCAAUGCAGGUUCGUGGAUGGUCUCCAUCAGAGUACUCCACGUGGCUAGAUAACCAUUCACUGGCACAAACUUUAAGCUUGCUGGAAAAAAGUUUGCUAGUUUAUGUCAGUGAAGUAUCUCGACGUGGCGAAACACAAUAUUGUAUCGAGUGUCCUAUUCUACGCUCGUUGCUAACAAUUUAUGCCAAACAGCACCAAUAA